AUAGACAUGUGAUAAAGAUUGCCAUACCUCUGACAAUACUCACAAUAUCUGCCUCAUCCUGAAAGACUUGGCAACUGCGAGCCUGCAAACAAGUCUUUAAACAUGGACAAGAAGUUGGACCUGUCCAGGCUGUCAGAAGAAGAGGCCAAGCAUGUGUGGGAGGUCAUUCAAAGAGACUUUGUCCUCCGGAAGAAGGAAGAGGAAAGACUUGGGGAACUUAAAACUAAGAUUGAGAAGGAGGAAGCUAAGAGGGAACUCCUGGGCUCUCAAUCAAACCUGAGUGAGUCUCACUGCAUCCGCUGCCUGCAGCCCUUUAAGUUCCUGGUGAACAGCAGACGGCAGUGUGUGGACUGCAAACUCUUCACCUGCAAGACCUGCAGCCGCUACAACAAGAACGAGCAUGGCUGGGUGUGCGACCCCUGCCGCAUGUCCAGAGUACUAAAAAUCGGAACUUUAGGAUGGUACCACGACAACGUCCACUCCCGCUUCAAGCGUUUUGGCAGUGCAAAAGUGAUGCGGUCCCUGUACAAGAGAUUAAAUGAAGAGGGGCAUCGUGAUGAUGACACACAGAGCAUGCCUGAUGUGCGCAAUGCUUAUAAUGGUCAUGAUGAAGAACAUAUGGAUGCAUCUGAAGCUCAACGUUAUAAGCAGAUGCGAAAGACUAAGCGUCUUCUCUCUGUCCACCCCAUGGAUUUGGAAAUAGACGACUAUGCCGUUCACUCUCGCAGACAGUCUGUCCAGUACAUCCAUGAUGAUAGAGGUCAGCGGAAUGAUCUAGAAUACAACUCUGAAAUCUACCAUCAGCAUCAGCAACGCAUGAACCGCAGGAAAAGUCUCGACAGGUUCUCACGCCCAGAUGAUGGCCUAUACUCUGAGAACAGAAUGGUACGUGCUCGUUCUCUCUCUAAAAUCAAUUCCUCAAUGGCUCCGCGUCAGAUCUACCUGGACACUUCAGAGGAAGAGGAUAUGUACCGCUAUCCUGUUUACCAGCUUCCUCCUCGGCGCCGCAGUCGAGCUUCAUCUCAGGAGAACAUUCAGCAGGGAGCACCACCGAUCAAUGAACUGAGCAAGAGAAUGUCUGCCAUCGAGAGUCUAUUGAAUCGAUUGGAAGAGAAAAUUACUGUGCCUUCUGAUCAGCCUGCCCUGCCCCCAGCAGGGCACAUGGAGGAGGAGAAGCUGAGGAGAAAACUUGAUGAGCUGAUGAGUGACAAAGGACUUUCUUCUGACGAGGAAGACCCGAAGCGAGCUCCUCAGUAUAAACGCUCUACUGUGAGAGGGGACCAGACAGCAAUGGUCCUUGCAUCCCAAGAACCCCUGAGCUCCUCCAGUGACGAGAUGCCCACUGAAGCACAAAAGAGAUCCACUGCAGCGGCCCUAUGCGACAUCACAACUGAGAUUCUAAGAACAAUUAAUGCCACUGAAAGCGCUAUGAACGAGUUGACCCCCUCAAAUCCUAAUGACAGACUUCAGUUAGCGGGCACAGAUGUUAAGCAGGCUGAUGAUGCGUACAGGGAACUUGAGGAAAAUGUGUACAUGACUGCAGGGAAGUCCUAUGAAGUGGCAAAAAAGUUGCAAAAGAUUGAGCACAAUGCCAAGAAUCACUAUGGUGGCCCAUUAACUGAUUCAGAACUCUCUGAACUAGAGGACCAGGUUGCUCUGGCUGUUGCCAAAGUUCAGGGCACGGAAAGUGAAGUCUCGGAUAUUGAGAGCAAGUUAGCUGCUCUAAGUGCUAAAGGAUUAUCAAUUGAUAAAGCUAAGAAAAAGGCAGUGAGUAUGCAACAAAAAAGGAAGUUUCCCCAAGAUUUUUCAUCAAGCAGAGUGCACUUUUAAGUGUAAAGAGGACAUCACUUCUCUGUUGCUGUUACUUCUGUGAUUAUCCCUUUAGACCUUCGUCAGUCUAUCCACACCUGCCACCUACAGUACAUUCAUCCAUUUUGUCAGCCAAAGGAUGUAUUGCAAAUUAUCAAUCAUCACAAGUCCUGAUAACUAUGUAUAACUGGCUUACAUAUGCUGUGCAUUUUUGGGAUUGUAAAACUCUUUGUGUUUGAGCUAAUAAUAUCAGCCAACCCAUUUAAAACUAUUAGGAGACAUGAACAACAGUUUUUUUUGCAAAGAAAAAAAAUAGGAUUAAUUUCCAUUAAUCUCCAUUACAUUUCCUUGCCAUCUUUGUUUAUCAGAUUGCCCUAUCAGCUUUGACAUUUUAAUAAUAAAUGUACUGCAAAUAAU